GUCCAAGCGCCCAACUACGAGAAAGGGCACAUAAGGGAUAAGUUAGCUCACUCUGAUUCAUUUUCAACUACAGCGUUGAAUCCUCAAGAUGAAGACACUUGUUGUACUGUUGCUGUUUUCAGUUUUCUUGGUUUUGCAGUUCUAUAACUCCGAUGGGUUUUCUUUCCCCUCUAUCAUCGACGACGCAAGAGACGCUAUGAUGAAAUUCUCGACGGGAAGAUAUAAAGUCUCAAAGAAGACUCCUCCGCACGGUAAAAAGCCUUCCUCAUCUUCACGCCGUCGUCGAAGAUCUUCCCGCCGCUUGAUUAUUCCAGGCCUUUCAGCACAUGUCUCAGUCUCGAGUAGUAAGCCACUGCCUACUUUUCGUUGGCGAACUAAACCUUCAAACAACUUCUUAGAAAUUCUUGUGAAAGUUGAAAGGUCAAUACUGGAAGCAAAAGCAAGCGGCAAUAGAAGAGCAAGCCUGUCCAGACUGACAAGAAACAUCAAGUUGGCACUUUCCAAGAAAAGUUACCUCUUCGCAAGACAGACGCUUGGCCAAGCCCUUUACAGUGCUUUAUCCACCAGUAGAUCUGGAAAACGAUCAGUCUCUAAUUAUGGCGCUCAAUACCUCAGAAAAUUGAAGAAGGAAUUAGGUGAAAAAUUAUUUAACAAGUUGGUUGGGUUCAAUGAUGAUAAGACACUGACGUUUGCUAUUGAUGACACUGGAAGUAUGGGCGAUGAAAUCCGCGCAGUCAAGGACAUUUCAAUAGCGCUGGUCAAAGGCAUGAAAGGAAAAUCGGACAUAGACUACAUUCUAUCAGUUUUUAACGAUCCACUUUCAGGUAAACAUAUAAAUCAAGAUCUUUAAUUAUGUUCAUUACAC